CCUUCCGCCGCGUCCUCAUCGCCACUUUCCGGGCUUGUGUUUCAGUGGGACUCGGUGUGCAGUGGCCGUCGAGAUGACCGGCAGGCGACGUCGUCAUUGCCAUACAACACUACCAGUAUCAACAUGAAAGGGUCGGCGGUGGUGCAAGGAUUGAAAUCACUCGCAUCCACACUGCACCCGCAGCUGCCGUUGAGCUCGAGGGAAUCGCAACGACUCCUCACAGCCCUGACGAGUUCCUUCCAAAGCCAACUUGACAAAGCCUAUCCGCGCCAUGUGGGCAGCGACGAGUCGCAACUCAAGUCUGCGAAUGGAAGCACCAUAAGCACUCUCAACCGAAGUCAUGAUGCAUCAUCUGCCGCUCUUGCAGAUCGACAUCUGGCUGCGGUACUUACAAAUCCGUUGUUAUUGAGCGGUGCUGCAUCCACCCGGAACGCCUUGACGUACGAGACGGCCAAGAUCGAGCUCGCCCAUCACUCGACGAAGGAUCCCAUCUCUUUGCUGGAGGAUUAUCAUCAGAAAGACGCCGCCACGAUUGCGAUAGCUGCGAUCUGUCUGGAAACUUUCGCGAAAACUCUCGAAGACUUGUCGGAAACGGAUCGACAGGGCAGGAUCGCUCAAUUUGCAGCUGGUAAACGAGUCCUGCUAUGGCUCUGGCUGAGUGGAUCAUGGAGGAGCGCACCGCAGAACAUCCACGCUCUCAACCGCGAGUCCAGGCUUCUAAAAACACUGGUCCCUCUUGUCAUUCGCGAAGGAGCCGAGACGUUUCUGUGGGAUUGGUUUAAGAUGGAUGUGGCAAUCGCUGUUCCGAUCGCACCUGCAGGAAAGGAACCUGGCCAAUUGCCCGACUCUCGACAAUACUGGUGGAAGGGGCGAUUAUUAAGGGCCAUCAUCGCAGCGAAGAUUGACUUAGACGGUCUUCAGUCGCCGAACGCCGCACUAGACGCCAUCCUCAAGGCCGACGCCAUCCGCCGCGAAGCAGUGGCGAAGAACAGCGAAGACACUCACAAGUUUCCCAUCUUCGGAGCGGCCACAUUCCUGUGUCAAUACUUCUGGAGGUCCUCUGGCUGGGAGUCUAGUGUCCAUACCGCCCUCUUCGACACGUUCACGAGCCGAUUGGGACUUCUCGCCAAGCCAGGAUUCACUCGAGACUGGCAACUAGCAAAGCUCCACCUGAAACACCCAACUCGACCGUCGCCCGAACAAGCUCUCGAGCUACUGAGGCGUUUGUAUGACCCGUCCAGCGCGCGUUACACCCAGCAUGCUCGCCAGAUCUUCGAGCGUCCAGACAAUGGCAAGGCGUUACAUCUGAACUACGUCUUCAUGCUCGAGACCGCCGCGCAGUUACGAGCCGGCGCUCGGACCGAGGAUGCCGCUUGGGUGCUGGCGCUCAUCCCGCGCGUCUAUCCUGAGCUAGCGCACUUCACUGAAGCGGAUAUGCAACGGUUGAAGGAGGGAAUAUCGCCGACUAGCUCUGCGAAAUUCGCCAUACACGGCGCCCAAGGCACAACAGGGGGAGACAUUCCUAUCCUACCGCUGGCAGGAGUUCAUUCAUGAAUGGCUUUGCACUCGCAAUAACAGGUGCUGGAGGGUCGCUGAAUGCAUUAAUGUUUUCGGCUAUCAUUACGCUAUGCGAUAUCGUUGCACGAUGCAAGGAGCACAGUAUUUCACGUUACCUCGUGGUAACGGAUGGCCACGAGCAUGAGCGCGCCGAAGUGGAAGUGUGGCUCCAGGCCAUCCUCCCCUCAUGCAG